AUGUCAGAUCCGUCACUUCACGGCUCGAACAGUUCAAGUUCAACUUCUGAUGUCGGAUCUUCCGUCGAUUGCAGUGUGAGUCAAUCCAUUCAGGUUUCAUUCAUUUCCAUUUGUGUCACUUCUAGAUCUCCCCUGAACCCAUCUUGAUGCCUUCCGUCAAACGAGGUCGCCCCACUGAGAAUCCUUGCUGGGCGUACUUUCAUAGAAUUGACGACCAGUUGGUAAAGUGCAGACUUUGCACCAAGGUACCCACCAACUUCCACGCUUUCUUACGCACUCAAUCCUCUCCUCUAGGUUGUACGAUCGGCGUGUGCGACAAACAUGACGAAACAUUUGGAAAGACACCAUAUGGAGGACUUUGAGAAAGUGAGCGGACAAAUCAAGUUGUGCAGAAUGAACGAUCCGUUGUUAGUUCCUCUUCCUCUCCUCAAUUCAUCGGAUUUCUUUCUAUUUCCAGAAUCCGUAGCAGAAUGCUUUAUCAAGUGUCCGAGAAUCCGCUUUCAACGCUUCCAGUUGUCGUUAAUUCCUAUAUUCCGUCGAAAAUGGAAAGUGUUGAGCCAUACGAAAACGCGAUUUACUACGCGGAAGAUCCGUCCGUCGGCCAGCAAUUCCUUCAGUUCGAUCAGCAACAGCCGCCAGACAACGGAGUCGCCCAAUGGCCUCUGACGCACUUCUACUCGAAUACGACUCCGUUGGCUCCGCACGAUCAGAGCCCGAUGGUCGUCGGAGAACCAUCCACGUCGGCCAUCGGAACAUCGGUCAUCCAGACGGUCAGCAAGACGAAUGAGGACGGACAACAGCAGCCAGGAUUGCAGCCGCAGGGACAGGUUAUCGUGCAGAAGACGAAGAAGACUGCGAAUGGCGUCGAGAAACCGUAUAUGAAAAGAAAUCGGUGGGGAGAUCCGAAGGGAUCCAAAUGGCAUUGGGAUAAAGAAAUAUUUCAGAAAAACAGAGCAUCCAGUGUGGGAGUUCUUCAAACGAACUGGAGACGGAAAUGCAGAGUGCACAAUCUGCCAAGGAGUCGGUGAGAUAUUUUUGAAUUCAAUACUUUUAAUACUCGUUUUGGUUUCAGUGAAAUCGCCGUGCUCCUCAAACUUCAUGCGUCAUCUGAUGCGCCAUCAUUCGAGCGAGUACAACGACGUCUACUUGAAGUGGAUUCAGAAGAGGAACAUCACGCAUCCGGGAGUGCAGUACACUUCGGUUCCGCCGCCAGUUCAAUCGCAGUUCCCGAACGAAACAGCUUCCGAACCCAUCAGUUAA